CGCAUUAUGGCUGCGGUACCGGUCCGACGUAAGUGUCCUCGCUCUCCACAAGAGGGCGUCACUUUGAGUGCCUAUGAGAAGCAUGUGGCAGAGUCGGCAACGAGAGCAGUACCGAUGGGUGGCGUGAAAAGUAGAGGAGUGCAGGUUGAAGCUAGGCCUUUUGGUUGGGUUAGUCUGUUAUGGUAUCUAUUAGUAUUGUUGGUGUCUGUUGUGGCGAUGGACGUCGCUGCAAGCAGAUUUCACUACCAUUAUUUGAUCCAUUACGAAAUAGAGCCUUUGAAAAGUAAAGCAUUGGAGGCGAUGAAGGACGUGAACGGAACAGUGAAGGGCAAUAAUUUAUCUUGUACAGUAUUCGAUCCGUUCGCCAACCGAACAGUAAAUGACUGCUCUCGUUCGGUCUGCAUAUUCGAAGCGUUUCGGUUGGCGGAGAAGCGACAGGACGUAUUGCAAACGGUGCGACAGUUCCAUCUGGCCGGUCGAAUCGGUGCUGAGAUCUUCGAUUGGAAGCGCGGAGUUGAUCAAACGGCGAAGCCGGGUAAUUUAUUCCGGACUAAAUCGUGCGAGAAGAUUAUAGAUUCUGUGGACCACAGCAACCACGAGGCAAAUGUGGUGGCCGUCGUGUCUGGUGUGAUAUCCCUUCUGGGUUUUAGCAUUCUCCUCGUUGCGUUGUUGCGAUCACCGCGAUAUCAGCCGGCAGCACUUCCUGAGACCCGUGUGAGCGAUACGGGGAAGGUGCAGAGGAGGCACAAACUCGACUGAUUAUCUGUUGUGGUUUCUGAGCUGAUCUAUACGAGCGUAUCAAAUACUGUUUACACUGUAUU